GAGGCCCCUUUUAUUUAAUUUUAUUUUUUUUGUCACUGAGUUCCUGCAUUUCCAAGCUCCUCUUUUGACCAGGUUCAGAAACUGGUUCUGCAUGUCUGAGCUCCAUGUGCUGCUUUUAUUACACACUUAGACUGCACAUACUUUACAUUUAUUGACCGCUAUCUGGAACAAGUCAUUAGUGUUCACAUGGACGUCCUUCAGUCCAGUCAGUCAGGUCUUCAGCUGAUUAGACGUUAUUGAUCAGGCCUGCUGUCACUUCCACUCAGCCGAUACAGACCAACCCUGUCCUUUGCUUUCCCCGAAGCUGCUGCCGAUGGACGAUAAAGAAGCUCGUAGCGUCUGUCAGCACACAAACAUUUUAGAGUCUGGUUCCCCACCCUCCAUGCUGUCCCCACCCACUCCCUCUCUCUCUCUGAAUGCCAAAGGCCUCUCGCCCCUCAGUCCAGAUUUAGACCUCAGUCUUUCCCAGACAUUCGCGGCCAGCUGUCUGAAGCCGAGGCUGCCUCCUGGUUCCGAUCCUCCUCCUCGCCACCAUGCCUCCACUCCUUCACCAGCCAGCGUCGUAGCACAGCCUCGCGAGUCCUCCAGGUGUGUCCGAGUGUCGUGGGGUUUGGUUUGGAUGCCCAGGGCGUCGCCGCUCGGUCUGGUUCCCCAGAGGCAGACCUCCUCUUGCCCGGCCAUGGAGCCUCUCGCAGAGGUUCCCUUAUUUGAGAUGGACCAGGACGAAGAGGAUGAGGAGGAGGAUGUUCUCUCGAUGAAGAGCAGAGGAGGCUGUUCGUAUGCAGCUGUAGCGCCCCCUGCAGACUCAGACCCCGACACCUUCAUCUACAUGAACUUCAUGAAGAGUCACUGCUGCUACGACGCCAUCCCCACCAGCUCCAAGCUGGUCAUCUUCGACACCACGCUGCAGGUGAAGAAGGCCUUCUUUGCGUUGGUGGCUAACGGAGUGAGAGCAGCACCGCUGUGGGACAACAAGCUCAAGUGUUUUGUGGGAAUGCUGACCAUCACCGACUUCAUCAACAUCCUCCAUCGCUACUACAAGUCUCCUCUGGUUCAGAUCUACGAGCUGGAGGAACAUAAGAUCGAGACGUGGAGAGAAAUCUACCUGCAGUACUCGAUCAACAGACUCAUCAGCAUCACGCCGGACUCCAGCCUGUUCGACGCCAUCUACUCGCUGCUGAAGAACAAGAUCCACCGGCUGCCCGUCAUCGAUCCGGCUUCGGGGAACGUCCUGCACAUCCUGACGCACAAACGUAUCCUCAAGUUCCUCCACAUCUUUGGUUCCAUGAUUCCCAAACCGAGGUUCCUGCAGAAGCGGAUCAGCGAAGUUCCGAUCGGAACCUUCAAGGAGAUCGCCACGGUCCAGGAGUCGGCCUCCGUCUACGACGCCCUGACCAUCUUCGUGGAGAGAAGAGUCUCUGCUCUGCCUGUGGUCAACGAGGAAGGUAUCACCGAUUUAAAAUCAUGUUCCCUUAUUUGA